UGUGACAUUGAAGCUAAAGACAAUGAAGGAAACCAACCACUUCAUUAUGCAGCAUGUCAAGGACACAAGGAAAUAGUUUCAAUAUUAGAAAAGAAAGUGAGUGAGGAUGGUUUAUCUAAAUGUAUGGAAUCAGCAAAGCAACUAGCAGGACCAGAUAUAAUGGAACUAUUAAAUAAUCAUUAUGAAGAUAGGAGAUCAUUAAUUGAUGCAUGUCAAUCUGGAAAUGUAGACAUUGUACGUCAUCUAGUGAUUGAUAAACACUGCGACGUUAAUGUUAGGUCUAGAGUUCGUCCAGUCCUGUCAUUUAUUGAUCUAAAAAGGAGUAUUACUCCAUUACAUUGUGCUUGUGAAAAUGGUCAGUUUGAAGUUGUUAAAAUUCUGACUAAUCAGUCACAGUGUAAUACUGAAGCUGAAGACAGUUAUUUUAAUGACAGACCACUACACAAAACACCAUUACAUUAUGCAUGUGAAAGUGGUCACUUUGAAAUUGUUAAAAUUCUGACUAAUCAUUCACAAUGUAAUCUUGAAGUCGAAGGCAGUUUUAAUGACAGACCACUACACAAAGCAUGUGAAUCUGGAAAUGUAGACAUUGUACGUCAUCUUGUGAUUGAUAAACACUGUAAUGUUAAUGCUAAAAGGAGGGGUGGCUUAACUCCAUUACAUUUAGCAUGUUUUAAGAAUAAUAUUGAAACUGUUCAAUUUCUUACCAGUUCUACUGAAUGCAAUAUAGAAGCUGAAAAUAAUGAUGAUCAAGAUAGACCACUCCAUUUAGCAUGUGCAUCUGGAAAUGUAGACAUUGUACGUCAUCUUGUGAUUGAUAAACACUGUGAUAUUAAUGCUAAAGGGAGGGAUGGCUUAACUCCAUUACACGUGGCAUGUUUAAAUCGUAAUUUUGAAACUGUUCAAUUUCUUACCAGUUCUACUGAAUGUAAUAUAGAAGCUGAAGAUAAUGAUCAAGAUAGACCACUCCAUUUAGCAUGUGGAUCAGGAAAUGUAGACAUUGUACGUCAUCUUGUGAUUGAUAAACACUGUGAUGUUAAUGCUAAAGGGAGGGAUGGCUUAACUCCAUUACACGUGGCAUGUUUAAAUCGUAAUUUUGAAACUGUUCAAUUUCUUACCAGUUCCACUGAAUGCAAUAUAGAAGCUGAAAGUGAUCUUCAAAGUAGACCACUCCAUUUAGCAUGUGAAUCAGGGAAUGUAGACAUUGUACGUCAUCUUGUGAUUGAUAAACACUGUGAUGUUAAUGCUAAAAGGAGGGAUGGCUUAACUCCAUUACAUUUAGCAUGUUUUAAGAAUAAUAUUGAAACUGUUCAAUUUCUUACCAGUUCUACUGAAUGCAAUAUAGAAGCUGAAAAUAAUGAUCAAAAUAGACCACUCCAUUUAGCAUGUGGAUCAGGAAAUGUAGACAUUGUACGUCAUCUUGUGAUUGAUAAACACUGUGAUGUUAAUGCCAAAGGGAGAAAUGGCUUAACUCCAUUACAUUUGGCAUGUUUAAAUCGUAAUUUUGAAACUGUUCAAUUUCUUACCAGUUCUACUGAAUGCAAUAUAGAAGCUGAAAAUAAUGAUCAAAAUAGACCACUCCAUUUAGCAUGUGGAUCAGGAAAUGUAGACAUUGUACGUCAUCUUGUGAUUGAUAAACACUGUGAUGUUAAUGCCAAAGGGAGAAAUGGCUUAACUCCAUUACAUUUGGCAUGUUUUAAGAAUAAUAUUGAAACUGUUCAAUUUCUUAUCAGUUCUACUGAAUGCAAUAUAGAAGCUGAAGAUAAUGAUCAAAAUAGACCACUCCAUUUAGCAUGUGGAUCAGGAAAUGUAGACAUUGUACGUCAUCUUGUGAUUGAUAAACACUGUGAUGUUAAUGCCAAAGGGAGAAAUGGCUUAACUCCAUUACAUUUGGCAUGUUUAAAUCGUAAUUUUGAAACUGUUCAAUUUCUUACCAGUUCUACUGAAUGCAAUAUAGAAGCUGAAAAUAAUAAUCAAAAUAGACCACUCCAUUUAGCAUGUGGAUCAGGAAAUGUAGACAUUGUACGUCAUCUUGUGAUUGAUAAACACUGUGAUAUUAAUGCUAAAGGGAGGGAUGGCUUAACUCCAUUACAUUUAGCAUGUUUUAAGAAUAAUAUUGAAACUGUUCAAUUUCUUACCAGUUCUACUGAAUGCAAUAUAGAAGCUGAAAGUGAUCUUCAAAGUAGACCACUCCAUUUAGCAUGUCAGUCAGGGAAUGUAGACAUUGUACGUCAUCUUGUGAUUGAUAAACACUGUGAUGUUAAUGCUAAGCGGAAGGAUGGCUUAACUCCAUUACAUUUGGCAUGCUUAAAUCGUAAUUUUGAAACUGUUCAAUUUCUUACCAGUUCUACUGAAUGCAAUAUAGAAGCUGAAAAUAAUGAUCAAGAUAGACCACUCCAUUUAGCAUGUGCAUCUGGAAAUGUAGACAUUGUACGUCAUCUUGUGAUUGAUAAACACUGUGAUAUUAAUGCUAAAGGGAGGGAUGGCUUAACUCCAUUACACGUGGCAUGUUUAAAUCGUAAUUUUGAAACUGUUCAAUUUCUUACCAGUUCUACUGAAUGUAAUAUAGAAGCUGAAGAUAAUGAUCAAGAUAGACCACUCCAUUUAGCAUGUGGAUCAGGAAAUGUAGACAUUGUACGUCAUCUUGUGAUUGAUAAACAUUGUGAUAUUAAUGCUAAAGGGAGGGAUGGCUUAACUCCAUUACACGUGGCAUGUUUAAAUCGUAAUUUUGAAACUGUUCAAUUUCUUACCAGUUCCACUGAAUGCAAUAUAGAAGCUGAAAGUGAUCUUCAAAGUAGACCACUCCAUUUAGCAUGUGAAUCAGGGAAUGUAGACAUUGUACGUCAUCUUGUGAUUGAUAAACACUGUGAUGUUAAUGCUAAAAGGAGGGAUGGCUUAACUCCAUUACAUUUAGCAUGUUUUAAGAAUAAUAUUGAAACUGUUCAAUUUCUUACCAGUUCUACUGAAUGCAAUAUAGAAGCUGAAAAUAAUGAUCAAAAUAGACCACUCCAUUUAGCAUGUGGAUCAGGAAAUGUAGACAUUGUACGUCAUCUUGUGAUUGAUAAACACUGUGAUGUUAAUGCUAAACGGAGAAAUGGCUUAACUCCAUUACAUUUGGCAUGUUUUAAGAAUAAUAUUGAAACUGUUCAAUUUCUUACCAGUUCUACUGAAUGCAAUAUAGAAGCUGAAGAUAAUGAUCAAAAUAGACCACUCCAUUUAGCAUGUGGAUCAGGAAAUGUAGACAUUGUACGUCAUCUUGUGAUUGAUAAACACUGUGAUGUUAAUGCUAAGCGGAAGGAUGGCUUAACUCCAUUACAUUUGGCAUGCUUAAAUCGUAAUUUUGAAACUGUUCAAUUUCUUACCAGUUCUACUGAAUGCAAUAUAGAAGCUGAAAAUAAUGAUCAAAAUAGACCACUCCAUUUAGCAUGUGCAUCUGGAAAUGUAGACAUUGUACGUCAUCUUGUGAUUGAUAAACACUGUGAUAUUAAUGCUAAAGGGAGGGAUGGCUUAACUCCAUUACACGUGGCAUGUUUAAAUCGUAAUUUUGAAACUGUUCAAUUUCUUACCAGUUCCACUGAAUGCAAUAUAGAAGCUGAAAGUGAUCUUCAAAGUAGACCACUCCAUUUAGCAUGUGAAUCAGGGAAUGUAGACAUUGUACGUCAUCUUGUGAUUGAUAAGCACUGUGAUGUUAAUGCUAAAGGGAGGGAUGGCUUAACUCCAUUACAUUUAGCAUGUGAAAAAGGUCAUUUUGAAAUUGUUAAAAUUUUGACUAAUCAUCCACAAUGUAAUACUGAAGCUGAAGACAAUUAUUUUAAUGACAGGAGGAAUGGCUAUGCACCAUUACAUUUUGCAUGUGAAAAAGGUCAUUUUGAAAUUGUUAAAAUUUUGACUAAUCAUCCACAAUGUAAUCUUGAGGCUGAAGAUAAGUACAAUAGGAGGCCAUUGCAUGUUGCAUUAAAUAAGCGAUCUCCUGACAUGAGCAUUGUCAAUUAUCUUGUUGAAGUAAAAGGUUGUAAUACUCAGGGGAUAACCACUUAUGAUAGGAAGGCUAGUAGUUACCUUCAUAUUCAUCAAUCCAGUGGUAUAGCAUUAUUACGUGUUGUUAAGUGUAUAUUGACAGGUCCUCCUGGUGCUGGUAAGAGUACAUUAAAGAAGAGACUCCUCAAUCAAUCUCUUGAUACAGGUACUUCUCUUAGUACUGGUGUAAUUGAUGCAGCUGUACAAGUUAAUUCAUUUCGUAAACUAUCACAGCACAAUGCAGUAGUGACUACAGAAUGGAAGGAACAGGAACUUGAUGAAGAAGCUGUACUGAUCACUAAGAAACUAUUACCAGCAAAUAACACAUCAGAUGAAAGUACUAAACCUACUGCACCUCAUGAAUCAUCAGAUGAAA